GGGAGCGAGCACUCGCUGCUGCUGCUGCUGCUGCUGCUCUGCCGAGCCGCCUCUCUCCAUUGCAGCUCCAGCAUGAGCACCACUGUCAGGCAGUUCUCCUCCUCCACCUCCCUCAAGGGCUUCGGCGGCCUGGGGGGGGGCUCCAGUAGGCUCUCCUCCGUGCGUGUUGGGGGAGGAGGCUAUAGGGCCCCCAGCGUGCACGGGGGCUCUGGCAGCUACUCCGUGUCCUCCCGCAUGGUCUCGGGCUUCGGCAGCGGCUUUGGGGGCAGCUACUGCAGCAGCGCAGGAGGGACCCUCGGCGGGGGCUUUGGGGGCAGCUAUGGGGCCGGCUUUGGGGCCGGCUUUGGGGCCGGCUUUGGAGGAGGCUUUGGAGGAGGCUUUGGAGGCGGUGAUGGCAUCCUGCCGGCCGGGGAGAAGGAGACCAUGCAGAACCUCAACGACCGCCUGGCCACCUACCUGGACAAGGUGCGAGCCCUGGAGGAGGCCAACACCGACCUGGAGGUGAAGAUCAGGGAGUGGUACAAGAAGCAGGGACCUGGUCCUGACCGUGACUACAGCCCCUACUACAGGACUAUCGAGGAGCUCAGGAACAAGGUGUUGGUGGCCACAGUUGACAAUUCCAACCUCCUGCUGCAGAUUGACAAUGCCAGGCUGACAGCAGAUGACUUCAGGACCAAGUUUGAGUCGGAGCAGGCUCUGCGCAUGAGCGUGGAGUCCGACAUCAACGGCCUGCGCCGGGUGCUGGAUGAGCUGACCCUGUCCAGAGCCGACCUGGAGAUGCAGAUUGAGAACCUGAAGGAGGAGCUGGCUUAUCUGAAGAAGAACCAUGAGGAGGAAAUGAAACUGCUGCAAUCCCAGUCCAAUGGGGAUGUGAAUGUGAAGAUAAACUCUGCUCCAGGAGAGGAUCUGCUGAAAAAACUGAAUGAGAUGAGGCAGGAAUAUGAAGCUAUUAUUCAGAAAAACCGUGCAGAGGUUGAAAAGUGGUACGAAAGCAAGAUGGAGGAAGUGAGUCAACAAGUCCACUCAAGUGGCCAGGAGAUACAAUCAAGCAACCAGCAGAUCUCUGAGCUGAGACGUGAAUAUCAGAGUCUGGAGAUUGAGCUGCAGUCACAGAUCAGUCUGAUAGACUCUCUGCAAUCCAACCUGGAAGACACGGAACGUCGCUAUAACAUGCAGCUGCAGCAGAUCCAGGGCAUGAUGGGCAGCAUCCGCUGUGAGAUGGAGAGCCAGAACGAGGAGUACAAGAUGCUCCUGGGCAUCAAGACCCGCCUGGAGCAGGAGAUCCAGCAGUACCGGGCACUGCUGCAGGAGGGGCAGCAGGGCAUUAGCACUUCACAGGGAGGAGCUGGUGGUGGAUCUUCAGGAGGAGGAGGUCAUGGAGGAAGUAGUGGAGGUGGAAGCUGUUGGUCCUCAGGUGGAGGAAGCAGUGGAGGAAAAACUGGAGGAUCCUAUGGAAGAUCUUCCUCUUCUGAAAGUGGAGGAGGAGGGAGUGGAGGAAGAACAGGAGGUGGAACUUGUGGGAAAACUUCAGGUGGAGGAGGUGGCAGUGGUGGAGGAGGAGGGGGUAAAUCCUGCCUCUCCCGCUCUUCAUCUUCCCAGUCCCAGCCCAGCGACUCUUGUGAAAGCCCAGGAAGUGCUGAAAACAUGAAGCUCUGCCUGGAAGGAAACAAAACAUUGGAGAGAGGAGCAACCAUGGAGGAAGUGUCUGAAGCCAUAAAACACAUGAGACUGGGGAGUUUUAGAAGGGUUGAGGAGUGAUCAGCAAGACCAGCAUCUCCCACUGCACAACCUCCCAGUGAGGCCUUCAGACCAAGCAAGACUCUACUGAGCAUGGCUGAACAUCCCCUGCCACGAGCAGGAGAGAACACUUGUCCAACUUACCCAACACUGCUCACUCCAGGGGCUCAUCAGAGCUCUCUGGAUGUUCUGUCUGCUUCUUCCAUCUGUUUCUGUUCCAAAUCACUGUUACCUGAGUUAAUCUCUACCGUGAUUGGUGUUCCUGUGGAAUAAAUGCUAAUAAAUCUUUGCUUUUCUCUGA